AUGUAUUCCGCUCAAGCCUUUCCCUUGGAGUUGAAAGCUCACCGAUCAGCAGGCAUCACCCCUAAAAGCGAAGAUAUGCUUUCUUUUAAAUCUCCACCGCCAGGUUCCUAUGGCAUCCUUGUCGAGAAUCCCCCAAGCGGCGGCGACAGCAGCAGGGCUACAGCAGCGUACGACGGCGACGUCCGGACGAAAGGAAAAUUGGAUGAUGUUCUCCAAUACUCAUAUUACAGAUCCCCAGCUGUCAUGGCCGUCUUCUUCCUCGGCAGCACCAAGAUUCCUCAGUCUCAUAGCACCUCGGCCUCCAGGCACUCUCGCAAAAGAUCUCCUUCCGAACAGUCUCUCGACAAAAUUCCGCCGGACCAGCAGCCACCGCCUGAAAAGCCUGAGCUUCGCCAGAGACCAUCGCUCAAGUUCAUCCACGUACGAAGCCUAGGAUCGCCGUCUUCUUCACGACCGUCCUCUCCUGAUCGUCCGGCCUCGCCCCUUCCGCCAUCUUCGCUCUCACAGCCCUCCCGCCCGUCAUCUCCUAGACCUUCGUCUCCUCGACCUUCAACCCCUCGUCCAUCCACUCCACCUCUAUUACCCCCUCCACGUCCCCGGCCAACCACCACCGCAACCAUGUCUUCCCCAACCAAGAACUCGGUUCCCCCGACCAGCACCACCACCUCUAACCCGUCUACCACUACCACCAGCUCCAGCAACCCCCUCAACUCGAGCACCAGCAACAGCAGCUACCCUAACAACUCUCUCAGCACCAGCAACCCCAACUCGUCUCUCAACAACACUAACAACACCAAGUCCAUCAACAACAACAACACCAACAACCAGAACAGCGGCUUCGGUAACUCUCUCCCCAUGCCCGGUCUCUCCGGCCCCGCCAACGGACCCAUCGGAAACCUCCUCAAAGGUCCCGUUGACGACAACGGCAAGCUCAAGGACGCCGGCCUCAUGGUCGGUAUCAAGCUUGACCUUGAAGCCGAGGUUCACCUCACGGCUCGGGUCCGAGGUGACAUCCUCGUUGGCCUAUACUAG